AUGGCUAUACAAAGCUAUGGAAGUCCAGUAUAUGGCAACGCAUCUCCACUACGCUGGUCACCGCCAUCAUCAGCAGCUCUAGUUGCUGCAGCGCUCGCUCCACCAGCGCUCCGUCCCUGGCUUCCAGAUCCGCCAACUAAGAAGUCCAACCACUUGGGUCUAAUAUGCGUAGUCUGCGGUGACACCAGCUCAGGAAAACACUACGGUAUACUCGCGUGCAAUGGCUGCAGUGGCUUCUUCAAGCGUUCUGUCAGGAGGAAACUUAUUUACAGAUGCCAAGCAGGUACUGGCCGUUGCGUGGUGGACAAAGCUCACAGAAAUCAGUGUCAAGCCUGCCGACUGAAGAAAUGUCUUACCAUGGGAAUGAACAAGGAUGCUGUCCAGAAUGAACGCCAGCCCCGUAACACAGCCACAAUCAGACCCGAAGCCCUGAGAGAUAUGGAUCAAGAGAGAGCUCUCAGAGAAGCAGCCGUCGCAGUAGGUGUUUUUGGGCCUCCAGUCUCGUUAGCUAUGGCGCUAUCACCAGCACGUUAUCCCCUCCUAUCGCCGCACUACGCGCCUCUGCCACCGCCACAACCACAGCAACCAGCGCAACCUGACUCCUCGCAUGACCAUCAUGACGAAGGGAAUACCCACACUGACAGCGAUGAUGACAGUAUCGACGUGACGAAUGAAGAAGACUCCACUUCAUAUUCCCCACCAGCGGCGAUGGAUUACCGUCAGAGCUGUACCACUUACAGGCCACUGGGCGUUGAGAGCGCAGCGGAGUCUGCCGCGAGGCUGCUUUUUAUGGCUGUGAAAUGGGCCAAAAAUUUGCCGUCUUUCGCCAGCUUAGCCUUUAGAGAUCAGGUGAUACUUCUAGAAGAAGCUUGGUCAGAGUUGUUCCUGCUAAAUGCUAUACAAUGGUGCUUGCCACUCGACGCUGCCUGUGCCGCACUGUUUGGCAGUGAUCAAAUCGAUCAAGAGAACGGCGUAGACUCAGCAACUUUGCGUCGAUUGCGCGAAGUACUGUCACGCUACAGAACUGUGCUCGUUGACCCCGCAGAGUUUGCUUGUAUGAAAGCUAUUGUACUUUUCAAAUCUGAAACUCGAGGCCUCAAAGAUCCUCUCCAAAUAGAAAAUCUGCAAGAUCAAGCGCAAGUGAUGCUCAUGACUCACGCCCGUACCGCCCACGGCACAGCCCCUGCAAGGUUCGGCCGACUGCUAUUGUUACUGCCCCUACUUCGUUUAGUUACUCCGCAACAAUUAGAAAGAGAAUUCUUUGCCAAAACUAUAGGUCAAACGCCGAUGGAAAAAGUUUUGGCAGAUAUGUAUAAAAAUUAA